AUGUCCGAAGAAGACAGCAUCGAACAAGUUUAUCAAGACCUCUGCAGAUCCCGAUCCGACAUCGACUAUCAGUACAUAAGAGAAAAGCUCACAGAAAAAGAGAUGGAAGCAAAAAUGCGAGCGCGCGAUUCGAUACACAAGGCCUUGGCCAGUGACAUUAUCCUCGCGAGGCACUGGCUAUCCGCGCUGGCCAAUAAGGAAAACCACCGUCUAAGCAAGAAAAGAAAGCAACGUGAGGAUGAGUCGGCACAGUCACCCACAGGCGAGCCCGGAAAACAUUGGCAAGAGUAUCUUGUGGAAUUCCUAGAAGAGUCAGGGACUUGGGAUGAACCCUUCAAACGAAAGCACGGACUUGAGCUGAAUGGAAGCAUUGAGCAAUUGCUCCAGAGAACAGCAAGACGGCUCGAGUCGGAUUCCUAUCGGUUGAUGCGAUUGCUUACAUGUAUUGCGGGUCGAGAUCAAGAAUUGAAAGACACCGACGUGAAAUGGAUGGUGCCGUAUCUUGAAUCUCAGUUGCAACUACUUAGAGGCGAUUACAAGAUUAAGCGAGAAGAAAAAAAGAAGUACAUGGAGAACGAUUUCGAUUAUUUAGCAUACCAGCACUUGCGUGAGAAGGAACGUCUGGAGAAGGAGAAUCAAAUUCUUACCGGAAAGCCGUUGAUCAAUUUCAAUACACCGGAUUUCCAGGACGGCAGUCAUCCACCAGCAAAAAGACAAAAGACCGACGAGAGAGAUGCUCGAGAUAGCAUCGAUGACAACAUAGACCCAAUAGAUCCGAUUACCAAUCCAGCAUACGAGCAAAUCGACGUGAUCGCUACGACGACGGGAAGCAUGAAAGUAGAAGGUAAUGAUGGCAAGUGUGGCUGCCACAAGGAAUUGUGCAAUCUCGAAAAGUACGACCCAAGGUAUAGCACACAAGUAAGGGAGCUUGCAACAAAGGUCGUCCGGGGCCGCCAAGACGCAGAAAAACGUGUUCACAAGGCGAUGGCCUUUGCGAAAAGCUCACUAGCAAAAAAGCUGAAGGUGGAGGAAAGUCUUGGCAAAACCACAGCCAGCCUUCGCAAGGAAUUAGAACUACGUAAAGUGUCGCAAGAGCAGAUAUUGGCUCUCAAAAAAGAAUUACGAAGGGAAGAUACGCUAGAAAGAAAGUUCGUCAACAGCGACCCCGUUCUAGAGAACAAACGAUCAGAAGACGCAUUUCAACUAAAAAGAAGCCAAUUGGUAACCCAACUCAAAGACUUCGAACGCUUGUGGUACGAGACGAGGAAAGAAGAGAAGGAGCAUGGAAUGAGUUUGGAAGAAAGCCGGAUACACGAAGGACAUCAUGAUCUCAUGAAGAAGUUCAAGAAAGAUCUGAAUAUCCUCGAAAACGAGAGGGAGAGAAUUUGGUUGGAGUUUGUUGGUGGGUUGGACGGUUGA